AUGGCGGAGAAAUCCCCCCUGGGGCCCCGGACUCUACAUGAAUUCUUUGUUGUGCCCAAAUCGCCGGACAUGAUUCGAUUGCGUGGAAAACACUUGCAUUGGGCAGUGACAGCGGCGAGUUGUCAGGCCUUCCUCUUGCUUGGCUAUGACCAGGGAGUCAUGUCAGGCCUCAUCGGAGCGGAUAACCAAUUUGGAAUUACUUUUGGACAUCCUAAUGCCAACAUGCAGGGAAUCUUGACUUCAAUCUAUGACAUUGGUUGCGCUGUCGGAUGUCUCCUCAGUUUCGUGGUCGGCCAUAAAGUCGGUCGGAGAAAGAUGAUCAUAGCAGGUGGUACAAUCAUGGUCAUUGGUACGAUCAUUCUAAGCUCUUCCUAUACCCGAACACAGUUUUUGGUUGGGCGAGUCGUCACUGGCUUUGGCAAUGGUAUCAACAGCAGUACUGUUCCGACUUACCAAAGUGAGAUGGCUCGACCUGAACGUCGUGGGAGACUUCUAUCGGCUCAAGGAACCGUUACGAUUCUCGGAUUAUGUAUCGCAUAUUGGCUCGACUAUGGCCUUAGCUUCGUCGAUUCCACCGUUCAAUGGCGCUUCCCUAUUAGCUUCCAAGCUUUCUUCGCCGUCUGUUUGGUUCUACAGAUGAUCCCCCUUCCUGAUACACCUCGCUGGCUUUGCGAACAGGACCGCAGCGAUGAGGCAGCCCGAGUUCUGGCUUAUCUCCAGCUGGAGCAACCUGCUGAUGAGUCAAGCCCCGAGGUAGUCCGGCUGCGUCACCAGAUUGAGUCGGCGAUUGAGAUUGAGUCUGCAGGUGGCCCAUUCAAGUACAAGGAGCUGGUGGCUGGUGGCGAGGUUCAAAACCUUCGUCGUAUGAUGCUAUGUGCUCUUGUCAAUAUACAACAGCAGUUCACCGGUUCAAACAUGAUCAAUUACUACGCACCUACAGUCUACCAGCAUGCAAUGGGACUUUCUCGAAAUCUUUCAUUGAUUCUUGGCGGCUGUACCUCGCUGGCGUAUUUGGCUGGAUCAAUUAUUCCUCUAUGGAGCAUGGAUAGGCUUGGUCGACGAUCUUCCCUGAUGGUAUCAGCUGCAGGGCUUUGUGUAUGCUUUGUUCUAGUUGCCGCCUUGCUCUCCGUUGGAAGCACUGCCUGCGCAUAUGCUGCCACAGUCUUCGUAUUCAUUUUUCAAAUCUUCCUGGGAAUUGGUUAUUUGCCUGUACCCUGGUUCUACCCUAGUGAAAUCACUACUACCCGCAUUCGGGCCCGAGGCCAGGCAUUUGGAGGAUUUGUGAACUGGAUCUGUGUUUUCAUCGUUGUGCAAAUAACGCCGACAGCUAUUGAUAACAUCUCGUGGCGAACAUUCAUCAUCUUCGCGUGCUUCUGCUUUGCAUGGAUUCCGAUGGUUUAUUUCUUCUUCCCGGAAACAAAGGGCCUCGAGCUCGAAGAUGUAGACCAUCUCUUUGAGAAGGGAGGUCUCACUGGAGGCGUGUUUGAGUCUCGGGGUCGGCCUGUUCAGCCUGGAUACCACCGCACCAUUCACACAGAGAGGAUUGAAAAGCCAAUUGACGAAAGACAUGAGCACGUUGAUGUAUAG